ACACAGCUGAUCAGACACCGGCGCGGCGAGGCCUGCUAGCUGAGGAAAAGUCAAAAAGUUUUACAACUUUUGGUGUUUAUCAAUACAGACGUUUUUGUAUUCAGUCGGCAACGGUGAUUGUUAAAUGAUGGCUAAUCGUCUCACGAUAACAGUGUUGUUAGCGUUCCUCGCUGCCCAAUCGUCCGUUGUGAUUUCGUGUAAUUUUCCGCCGGAGUUGUGGUGCAGCUCCGAAGAAAUCGCGAAAACGUGCAAUGUUGUUAAGCAGUGUGCGGAAUGGAGUGCCCCAAACAGCGUUGCUCCCAAGGUGAAUUUCACGCUGUACUACGAGUCCUACUGUCCAGACUGUCAAGUGUUCAUCAGUGGGCAACUCCACGAGGCAUACACUGCUGUUAGUGACAUCAUGAACCUGACAAUGGUUCCCUAUGGAAAUGCAAUGGAGACACAGAAGGGCUCGGAGUACGAGUUUCAGUGCCAGCAUGGGGCGAUAGAAUGCCAGGGCAAUUUAUAUGAGACAUGUAUCCUGCACUAUGCCCCCUUCCCAACGGCAUUCAAGACCAUCUACUGCAUGGAGGUCUCAAGGGACCCUGUUCCUAACGCUCAGAAAUGCAUGGAGAAGAUGGGAGUAAACUAUGAGCAAGUAUUCACCUGCGCUAACGGCUCCUUGGGUAAUUCUCUUGAGCACCAGAUGGCUCUCAAGACAGAUGCAUUGAAACCUCCUCAUCAGUACGUGCCGUGGGUCACACUCAACGGGGUUCACACAGAAAAGAUUCAAAACAAAGCCGAAAACGACCUCAAGAAGUUGAUCUGUGACACUUACAAAGGAACUAAGCCACCAGCCUGCUCCCAGGAUAAGCCCACGCUCAGAUCUUGCAUCCGAGAGUAGAAGGCAUGAACCAAUGGGAGCAAACGAGAAAGAAAAAUUUCUAAAUUGAUAAGCACAAGAAAUGGGCUAAGCAUGAACAAUCGCUUGGUACCAGCCGAACUUUCCAGAAAAUGUAUAUUGCCGGGAACCGGUUCUCAUCGGAUUUAAUGAAUCAGAAAUAGUAAAUAGAUGUUUACUCAACUAAACACUGCUCUAUACAGCGUGUGUCAAUAAAAAUGCAGGAUUAGAAACAAAAACAUUAAGAAUAUAAACCACCCCUAUUCAUCAUAACUUUAACCCUCUCU